AUGUCUUUGGGUGCUGAGGCAUUUGAUGUUCCCGGGGACGCGUCAUCAUCAAAGGAAGUUGGAAAGCCUUCAUCAACUACAAGUAGAUUAAGGGGUAUUUUCGAAUCCGAGAGAAUUCAAAAAGUGCUGUUCGACUGUCGACAAGAUGUAGAGGCUUUGUUUUUUCAUUUCGGAGUGUUACCUCGAAACGUCUACGAUUUGCAAAUAUCGUAUUUGCUAUCGGACAAACAAAACGGAACGCGUCAUCUCAAGGGGUUGCCUAAAGCCUUGCAGCACUUUUUUGAACAUCAGGCCUGUGCGGGGGAAGGAAAUGGUCAGACAAGUGGUGGAGAAGAGCAACGACUUGGAGACGUGUUUGCCUCUCUGAAAGUCCAAGGCAAGGCACUGUACGAACCCCGCAUGCUAAGGCUUGAGAUGCAUGCUUGUUCACAACGAACGAUUUAAGUUAGAUCGUUAUUCUUAUUCUCUAUCGCUAAACCAAGCAGGCAUCACGAACGCUACUCUACAUUCUCAGUCAAUUACUUUUUGAUCUUCGUAGUUCACCACAAAUAGCUCAAGAAGAGCAGGGCUAGUAUUGGCUGUUGUACCAUCUACUUCACUAGAUCUUCACUCACAAUCUUAACCGCAACGCGCCUUAUCAUAGAAGGCUCUAAUCAAUGGCGGUAGAUAUGAGGUGUGGGGCGAACGACCGAU